AUGCCAGUUUUUAAACAAAUUUUACUUCAACUUUGUGAAAAGUUUUGUCCUCCUUGUCCCUUUAAUAAUAAUAGGUGUUUAUUAUUAUCUUCUUUACACAAUGUCCGGGCUAAUCUUAUUGCAAUUGCACAAAUUCCCCAACCGGAAGGCCAACAACAACAAUCCCAGCCCCAACAAAGGCAUAGUGGAAGGCGGAGUGGAGGGCAGACAUCUUUACUGGUUUGGCCUCCCGGAGGUUCUCCUUUACCCGAAACUGUCCAACAAUGUGGACAAGAAACACUUGAAGAAUUAGAUUGGUGUUUAGAGCAAUUGGAGACUAUUCAAGUAUAUCGUUCUGUGACAGAAAUGGCUUCUUCUAAAUUUCGAAAAUUAUUAAAUAGAGAAUUGACUCAUUUCGCAGAAAGUUCAAAAUCUGGACCUCAAAUUAGUCGAUUUCUUCUUAAUACUUAUAUGGAACAAGAAGAGGCACAGGAAGAGGUGAGAUUAAAUUUUUUUAAAAUAAAAUCUUCUUUUUUCUUGAAAUAA